UACAAGUUUGCCUUUUCUCAGUGAAAGCCUUUCUCCCACGAAAUUUGACACUCAGAAGUGCGAAAGUACGCGUUCGGUGGCCCUCUCUCUCUCUCUCUCGACUAAAAACCACGCGCACUGUCUCUCUCUCUCUCUCGAAGUCAAUCCAAAGAAAAGGAAAUGAUGAAUCAAGUGCCAAUAGCUUCAGGUGGAUAAAAAGUAUACUCUCAUUGAUAUGGGAGGCUGCUGUUGCUGCUGUGCUUCUAAAGGAUUGGAACUGAACAGUUCCCCUCCAUUCUAUCAUUAUCCAGUAGCAUCAGAGGAGCAUGAACAUUUGUCAUCUCAGCAAGGCACAGUAUCUGCACUCUCUACAGGGCUUUUAGUUGAUACAAAUCUAGAAACUUCAAUUCUAGAUACUUAUAGGCCACCUCCAACACCCAUACCAUACGAGUCAAAUGUUGGAUGUCCUAGACCUCCAUCAGGUAGUCAAGAUAACAGUGGCAACAAGAGCGAUGCAGCAGUGCAAACAACAAAUACUGAGUCUGUUGAAGAAACACACACUGGCUACACCCUAGAAAGUUCAGGUAAAGACCUUAAGGAAACUGACAGCAAAGUGCAAAGCAAUAUUGAACUUGCCUUGUCAAUAGGACAGGAUGAUGAACUUCAGAAGUCUGGGGAACUCAAAAAAUCCGGUGAACUUAUUGUUUCAACACUGGAGGAGGAUGUUUGCCCCACCUGUCUUGAAGAAUAUGAUGCAGAGAAUCCAAAAAUAAUUACCAAAUGUGAGCAUCAUUUCCACCUCUCGUGCAUUCUUGAGUGGAUGGAAAGAAGUGACACCUGUCCGGUGUGCGACCAGGAAAUGAUAUUCAAUACCACCACCAAUGGAUAAUAUCUGGACCUGCAAUCAGUUUCUUAAUGUUUCUGAACCAAGCAUCGGUGGUUAUUUCAGUUUUGUGUCAAGUAUCAGCCUUGUAGUAUGAUCAUUUUGUUUUUGGAGACAUCAAUUUUAGAUGCCAAGUUUGGACCCCUUUUCUUUGAAUUUGGAAAGAAGAAGAAAAAGAGAAGUCGAUGGGAGACUAAAACAGUACACUGCCCUAGGUCAUUUUUCAUUUUCUGCAUGUCCGUGUUUAGACCAGGAGACAUGCCUAAGAAUGCAAGUUUUUUUUUGGCUCUUUUUCUUUGAAAUUGGAAAAGAAGAAAACCAUGAAGGAAAUGGAUUUUUAGAUCAAUAACACACUUGCCUAGGUCAUUAUUCAUUUUAGUCCAGACUAGCAGAUCAUAAUGCAUAGCACUGGGAGGAUAUAAGAUACCACCACAGAGAUGCUUUCUAAACAAGAUGUUAUCUCAAUUCAUUUUCUUGGUCUCCCUCUCCUUUUUCAACCUAACCCCCCCCCCCCCCC